UUUUUCUGGCAUUUCUCUGGUGAUUUUGGUAUUUUGGGUUUGCGAUCUCGUCGUUUCAAGUGCAAAUAUUGAAAUUACGUUUUGUGUUUAAUUUUUUGUUUAUUUUGUCAGAUGAAAAAUAUUUUGCAAGAAAUGUUUUCCUAAUACUGACACAAUGAUAGUAAUUUAAUUGAAAUUGGUGUCUAUAUCAGUGUUUAAUCAUGUGGCGAUUUUUGUUUUGUGCAUUUAUUUUAUCCAGUUAUUCAAGCUAUGCCGUUGCAAUCAAGCAGGAUUUCUAUCAGAAAUGCAAAGAAAAUAUUACCAAAACGCUCAGCUGUAGUACUCAGCUUUUCCAGUUGGCAGUACAAGAUGAAACGUUAGAUGCAGACGUCUGCAAGGUUCUCUUGUCCAAGCCCCUGAACUAUUCGGAAUGCCGCGAGAUGAACUUCGGCCCCUUCCAGUCUGAUGUGCCGUACAACGCGGGCAUUGGAGGAGUCAGCCUGAGGCCGUACCUGUUGGACAAUGAAGACAACAAUCUGAAUUUCACAGUAUUGAAUAUCACAUUCACCAGUAUUAAGUGGAAAACCAUGAAGUUUCGUUUCCACAAUCCCAACCGCCCGAACAGCUACCAUUGCCGUAACAUAGAGAUCAGCAAAGAGGCGGCCAUAGACGAGCGAUCCGUGCUGUACUACGAUUGUUACUGGUCCGUCACCGAUGAAAAUAACAGUUCCAGUCAUUAUUUGGAUUUCGAAGCGUCCACAGAUUAUAGCACCAAUAGGGGGCAAUACUUUUUUAAUAUACCGAACAUGAAGAUGCUUAGCACAACGGUCUCCGAAAAUCAAUGGAAGCCAUUCCUGUACAUCGAAAUAUUAUCGACCGUACUACGACUCCAUAUAAUGCCCCCACCUCCCCAACUAACUAUCAAAGGCUACAAAAUAGAGGUCCGCAAAGGCUGCCUUAAAGGCACAACUGACUGUUUUGAAGAGGUCUUGAAAACUGCCAACCUAACAGCCAGAGAUCCCGAUGAAGAGGUUACAUACGAUUAUUACUUUAUAAGAAGUCCCGGUUCGCAUUAUUUUGUGGUUACUCCGUUACAUGAAGAAUGUACAGGGGUGGAGGUCACAUGUCAAGCGGCGUCGAGCCCUAAAAUUGAUAUCACAACCGACGCGCACAAAACUCUGAACAUCUGCAUAGCAAGCAUCACCGCUCUUGUCGUGGCUUCAUUGUUCGCUUACUAUCUCGUGCUGAGAUAUAUCAGGCGAUUUUGUUGCAAGGACUAUCAUCUCGCUGAUGGUAACGAAAUUCCACCGCCGACGAAGGUCCUAGUCAUUUAUCCGAACGGCAAUCGUUUGCACGCCGAAUGCGUAGCCUCCUUCGUGAGUUAUCUCCGUGAUGAAUACGCCUUCGACAUAAUGUACGACGGAGACAUAAACAACACGAAACAUAGAGACCCAUUCAUUUGGGCGCAAGAAGCGUUCAGUCUAGCGUCACACAUUUUAUAUGUCGUAGGCCCAACUGAAGUGAAUAACCAAUACGGAAAUAUAUACGAGAAACAAAUCAUACCGCCGUAUCGCAACGUUGAUGUGUUACUGUUGUCUAUGGUCAGAGCUUUGCGGGCGACUAGGUGCUCCAAGCACGUUACGAAUGUACGCUUCGAACAUUCCAACGGACAAUUGCCGAUUGAAACUAAACACAGCAAGACGUUUUGUCUGCUGAAAGAUUGGAACAAAAUGAUCGCGUUUCUGUCAAAGGAUUUGCUGCCGUUAAAGCAGCUAUCGCGUUCGGAGAAAGGUAAGAAUUUUAUCGAUGAUUUGAACAGGGCCAAAAAAUUGUUGAACGGUAACAAAGAUGAUAUUGUAGUUGGAUGCGAAAAGAAUGCGUUUGAAAAGAAGAUUUUGGUGUAAUAUUUUUUUUUUGAUACAGUUUCUCUUUGGAGAUUAAGUAUUCUUGUGAAUCGCAAUUGUUUGGACAGAAACGAGUGAGCUAAGAUUGACCAAUGACGGGACUCCAUUGUUUGAGAGGCGUAAUCUGAUUGGUGGAACGCCCGGCUUCACUUAGCUCAUUUUGUUUGUUGUUGUACCUAUAUGAUCGACCAAUCAACGUGUUCCAUUUUCUCGAGACGUAAUCUGAUUGGUCGAAAUUCGACUCUUCUGUCAACACAUCCUACAACAAUUGGUUGUUAAGAUUCAAAUACAUAGUUUCACGUGUGACGUUUGUUAGAAUGUUCUAGAGGGUUUAUGGAAAGUGGUGGUUUAAUUGUAUAAAUACCACUUUCUUGAGUGUUAUGGAAAGUCUAUGAGGGUUUAAGCAUGUUUGAAUGUUAUAUAAGUGAAUUAAGGUCAAGUUAUUUUAGGAAAUAGAUGCGAUCGUGCAUGACUCAUUAAAUUUGAAGUGAUCUCUCCGGUUUCUGUGUAAGCCGCUAUAAGGGAUGGAUAGAGAACAAUAAUAUCACCCCUCCUUUCCUGACGUGGGGCUGAAAUGUAAUGGAAACUUGUUAUAGAUAUACUUAAUCUCCAUAUGAUGUUGAAUAUGAAUUCGAUAAUCGUUAAAUGGUUAAGUGUUAUAAAACUUUCAUUUAAAAGAUUUUCACGUGAAGUUAAAAUGACAAAAAAAAGUAUUUAAGUAUAUUCUAAACGUGGUGAUUCUAUCGUGUUCCCAGUUUCUAUGCGUAUUUAAGUGCUUUAUAAAAUAAAAAUAAAAAAACAUAUCAUGGCAUAAAGAUCAAAAACAUAAAUUAAAAAAAAAAAACUACUCUUGUUAAAUUUUUACAAUGGUGUCUCAAAAGUAAUGAUAAAAUUCGCCAUGUUUUCUUAAUACUGAGUAUUUUUCUUAAAUAGUGAUAUCCCGAUCUAUUUCUUUGUAAAAAAAUUUAAGUGUAAAUUUAAUUUUAGUUGUAAGUAUUUCUUUAGAUUUUAAAGUGUCAUGUUGUGUUAUGUUAUGGCAGUCGGAUAUAAUGAAAGUGUGGAGGAUUGAAUUGGUAUUUAAUUAAUUAUGUAUUCAAUCAAUAUAAAAUAUAAUGAAUUUUGUAGGUAUGUGCGGGAGAUCAUAAUAUAGAAUUAUAUUUAUGGGUCCUAUUAUCAAUUCGAUAUGUAAUCAAUUUAGAAAAUAAUCCUUUUUUUAAUAUUAAAAACACGUGUGUUGUUUUGUCUCAAAACUUACGUCAUUGAUUAAUGAACAAAUCAAUCCAUUCAUUCGUAAAAAUGUGGAUACAGUGGGCUGCAUAAAAAAUAUACGUUCUUCGAUACGUUUUUGAUACGAACAUAGUAUCAUUUUAUAAGGUGAUCCACUGUACUGUCGUCUGCAGAAACAUUUUACCCCUUUAAUUGUGGUUAGUAUGAAGAGUGGGGUCAUGUUUCUAUAUGACCCACUGUACAUCAUAACAUAUGUUAUUAUUACAUUUGUUUCCUUAUAAAUUGCGCUUGCACACGACCAGUCCUACACAUUUGCAUUUUAUUAGGCUAGGUAGUUGACCCCUUAUCCUAAAUUUAUAUAUCUAUAAAUCUCGGACUGGCCAAUUAAACUUUUUUUAAUUUUAAUGUAACUAUGAAAUAAUACUAUUUGUGUGUUCUCUACGUGCUUCGGGACCAGUAGCGGUGGGUGAUUGCUUUUUUUUAUUUACGUAAUUUUAUAGCAUAGAGAAGAUACGAAAUAUUAUAUUCUCUAAUAUUUUUUUAAUUUGAAAUACAAGUUAUCAUCUAUUUUUUUAUUGAAAUUGGUAGUUACCAAAAAUUUUCAUCCUAAUAAUCGACCUCAAAAAUAACUUAUAAUACAAUUCCAGAACGCGAGUAUUUUUUUUAAUUCAUAGAUCACCCAUCGCUCUUAAAUGUGGUGAUAUAUUUGGAAGAUACAUACAUACAUACAUAAAAUCACGCCUCUUUCCCGGAGGGGUAGGCAGAGACUACCUCUUUCCACUUGCCACGAUCUCUGCAUACUUCGUUCGCUUCAUUCAUUCAUUUAAUUUGGUAUAUUUAUAUUUGGAAGAUAACUAAUAUAUAGCCACGUGCAAAAAUCUAUAUACAGCUUUUAAGCAUACAUACAUAAAUCACGCCUCUUUCUCGGAGCGGAAGGCAAAAACUACAUAUUUCCACUUGCCACGAUCCCUGAUCAGUUCUUUCGCUUCAUCCACAUUCAUCCUCUCCGGGAAAAAGGCGUGAUUUUAUGUAUGUAUUCCUAGAGUGGUAUACAGACUUUUUUCACCCGGGCCCCACCUUAUUAUAUCUGUAGCUAUCUUUAGAUGUAUCAUACUUCACUAAUGUGUCUUGUAUAUCUAAAAACGCAAAAUUAUAAGUUUUUUUUUUCAAGUGCAAACCUCCUAUAAUGAGGUCUUAAUGAACAGUUUGCGCUGAUAAAGAAAUCAUGUCUAAUACGGCGAAAUUUCGUUUGUAUCAUCCGAUUUUCUAACUUAAUCCCUCUUAAAAGUAUUGUACACGUGGGAUUUACGUUGAUUGAGCAAGCGUGUGGAGUCGCUGGUAAAAGUUAGUGAUAAAAAAAAAACAAUUUCGUCGCAGACAAACAAUAUAUUAUCAAAUCCCCUUUUGCAGUCUUAAAAUCGUGUCGAACACAAAAGAUUACUUUAACAUUCCCUCGUUUUAAUAUUUCUUCUUUAACGUGCCAUAUAACAUUUUUUUACUUAUGGAUGUUUGUAUAUUUUCCAUAAAUGUUUGUGGCUUACUAAUGAGAAUCGGGAAAUAAGCUUGUUUUGAAGUUUACAAAUGCGUAAUUCUAAGGUCGUUCUAUGUAGAGUUUAAUUUAAAUGUAUCCAUGUUUCUCGGUAAAAUUAUAUCUUCUAUUCUGAUGAUAUUUAUGACAGCAGGACGGAGAUAUAAUUAUGAAGCGAGUGUGACAGAGACAAACGAUUACAUGUGGGAACCAGCCGUUAUAAAACUAUUUUCUCAUAAAUUUCCGUGGUCGGGGACAAAAAUAAAUAAAUGUCAUAACGAAAAAAUUAUCUCGAAUUACCUUUUACUCUUUGUUAAUAAAGUCGAGAAUUUUUCAAUAUCCCGCAUCGUCCUUUAUAAUUUCAUUCAAAUUCAAACUUUUAUUUGCAUAAUACAUUGCUCAUUUAAUAAACUUUUUUUAUAAACCAUUGUCUCUGUCACACUUUAAUUCUGUCAAUAUUGUUUAUAAUAUUGCAAAUUUAGUCUGUUAUAUUACUUGUUCUUUGUAAGGCAAAAUUUCUUGAUGAUUAUAUAUGUUCCCUUUUUCACUUUGUAGUUAAGUAAUUCUAUGUUUUAUCAAUUAAUAAAGUGUUAUUGGUGUAUAUUGGUUAAACAUUUUUUAUAUUAAUGGCAUGUUAAAUACUUUUAUAAGGCAGCUUAAUUUCAUGCAAAAUUUCACCAUGUUACAUGCAUAGAAUUAGGAAUAUUAAAAGCUUUUAGAAGUGGUAAGUUCUGAUGGAUCUGACGUCACUACUGAUGGUUGUUCGCAUUGCACAUUGGAGGAGGUGCAAGACGACGAAACAUCAUUUUUGAACUUCCAAGCUUGUUGUCUUUUUAGUUUUUUAGUAUAGUAUAGGUAUUGUCUUUUAUUAUUACGUACCUAACUUACCCAAUAUAGGAUACAUUGUCAAAGGCAUACUCCAGGCUCCUCUCCAGAGUGGUGAGGAUGCAACCGGGACUUGAGCCGAGAGGAAGAUUGUCUUUUAUUGUUACGAUUUCUGUGGUUGCAUCACUUAAUUCUUUCAUAUUAUUCGACACUAUAGUAUAAUAUGAUAAUACAUUGUAUUUAAAACUAUAGUAAUUAUUAGCAGUCUAUAUCAGUUUUCUGCGCAGAUCUUAAGCUUUAAAUUAAAACUCAGAAUAAAGAUACAAUAUGAGAAUUUUAUGGUGAGGUGACUACUAUCAGUUGCGACGAUACACUUGUCACUUCUAUAGUCUUACAUUAUUCCUGUUUCUGUGUUUGAAAUCGUUAUUGUUACCGGUAAUGUUAAAUUUGUAGUAAAGUAUAUCUGCCCAAGGCAGUACGAUUCACAUUUUAAAUUUUAAUUAGUGCUGCUGCCUUAUAAAAUAGUAUGAUAAAAUAUAUAUUUUAUUAUCAAGAAAUCCAGUUAAGAUAUAUAUGUAGUUGAUCUCAAUUCAAGCCGUUGAAGUGUGUUCUACCGUAUUAUAUACAGGAAAUUCAAUUAUUAAGCUCAAUAUGUACCUUGUGAUGUAUUUUUGUAAUAAAGUCAUACAUAUUAUGUACCUA